CGAAAAUUCUCGCGGGACGCCAGCCACAUCGUCUCGAGCCCUUGGGAUCGCCGGUCGAACCCUCGUGCCAUCAUCAUUUUCCGCACCCCUUGGACCGCACAAUCGCCCAUUUUACCUUCGAAAUUACCCCUCGAGGGUCUCGAUCACCAGUGACAUUCCGGGGAACUUCAACAGGACCGGCUCAUCCUGAGGAGAAUUUUUGUGCGCAUUUUUUUUACGACGAGACGUUAAUUUGAAGACAUGGCUGACGAAUGGGAGGACGAGCCGGCUUUUGAUCCACCAAAGAGUGCAUCUUCGUUCGCGGAAGGAAAGACCUACAGUCGAGGCCGGGGUUACUCGGCCCCAGCGGAGUCGAACGACGACGACUGGGGUUCAGGCCAGCAGAACCAGUCCUCUGGUUUCGGCACCAGUGAAGACAGUUACGACAACGACAUCCGUGGGGACUCAGACCGUCGGGGUCGGGGAGGAAGAGGUCGAGGUCGCGGCCGCGGUCGUGGCCGUGGUGGUCGCGACGGUGACGGUGACGGCGGACGUCGUCGUUACGACAACGACGAGAACGGCUUCGACAACGAUCGCGACGAAGGCAGACACAACCGCCACAAUGACGACGACACGAGACGUCGCAAGCGAAAGGAGGACGGCGACGAGAACGGCGACAAGACCGAGGACGGUGAGGAGAAGAAGCUCCCAGUGACGUACAUUCCCCCCGAGCGUUCCGAGGACGACAUGUUCACACCCCAGAACACAGCGGGCAUAAACUUCGACAACUACAACAGCAUCGAGGUGAAGAUAUCAGGGGAGAAUUCAGUGCCACCAGUCCGUAGCUUCGAGGAGCUCAAGCUGAGAACAAUUCUGAUGGAGAAUAUCAAGAAGUCUGGGUACACGAAGGCGACCCCAGUGCAGAAGCACGCAAUCCCGAAUAUUCUGAACGGUCGAGACCUGAUGGCCUGCGCCCAGACUGGAUCAGGAAAGACAGCAGCCUUCCUGAUCCCAAUAAUUCAGAAGCUCCUGGCGGACCCCAAGGAGAGAAUUCUCACUGGACGUGGCUGCCAGCCCCAGGUGGUGAUUCUGUCGCCAACUCGAGAGCUCACUGACCAGAUCUACGGAGAGGCUCUGAAAUUCUCCAAGGACACUGUCGUCAAGUGUGCAGCUGUGUACGGUGGGGUGAAGACCACUCACCAGGGGGAUCGUCUUAGAAAUGGGGUGGACAUUGUGGUGGCAACCCCAGGGAGGCUCAAGGACUUCGUAAAUCAUGGGAGGAUCAACUUCUUGUCGGUUCGGUUUGUCGUGCUGGAUGAGGCUGACAGGAUGCUGGACCAGGGCUUCCUGCCUGAUAUGGAGAGCAUUCUGAAUCACUCGACGAUGGUGCCCAGUGGGGAGAGGCAGACACUCAUGUUCUCUGCCACCUUCAGUCCUGAGGUGCAGGUCCUCUGUGCCAAGUAUUUGAGUGAGUACUUGUUCCUCACUGUUGGGAUCAUUGGAGCUGCCAGCAAGGACGUUGAACAGAUUAUUUACGAGGUUGAGAAGAGGCACAAGAAGCCAAAGCUCAAGGAGAUUCUCGACGAGCACAAGGAUCUGCUGAAUGCUGGGGCUGAUAGUUCGGUGAAAAUACUCAUCUUCGUGGAGACGAAGAGGAAUGCUGAUUACAUCGCUGCUUAUCUCUGUGAGUGCGACUUUCCAACCACCAGCAUUCAUGGGGACAGACUCCAGAUGGAGAGGGAACUGGCGCUCUCCGAUUUUCGAAGUGGAAGGAAGCCCAUUCUGGUGGCAACUUCCCUUGCUGCCAGGGGAUUGGACAUCAGGAAUGUCACUCAUGUCAUUAAUUAUGAUCUGCCAAAGGCCUCGGAGGAGUAUGUCCACAGGAUUGGACGCACUGGACGUGUCGGGAACAAGGGGAAGGCCUCCAGCUUCUAUGAUCCAAUGCAGGAUGCGGCUAUGAGGCAUGAACUUGUCCAGAUUCUUACUAAUGCUGAUCAGCCUGUUCCUGACUUCUUGAGAGGGGGAGGGGGACAGUUUGGGGAUGCUAGGGCUGGCAAUGCCUUUGGAGGAUAUGACAUUCGUAAUAAUGCCGGAGGAGGGGGUGGGGGUGCUAACGAGCCAGAAGAGGAGUGGUAAACCCGUUCAUCACCAUUCUCCCACAAUCUUUAUUCUUAAUUAUCAUUUAAACCAUUUAAGCAAUAACAUAUUUAAUUUCUUCCACAAGAGUUUUUUUCAUUUACUAUUUGAAGUUUAAAAAAUGAAGAUUUUAUCGUGUAAAAUCUUUCUCGGUUGACCGAACGCUGUAGUUCACGUACUAAUAAUGUAUUACCCACGUCGACGAUAAUAGUUUAUUAUAAUCAAUAAAAAAUGAUAAAAAUACAA